AGAUUAUAUAAACACACAUUCUUCAACAAUCUCUCACAAUUUUCUUUGAUCCAUUACGCCAAUGAAGCCUGCAUCUCAAACAACCCUAGCACCACCACUACUACCGUCUCUUCCGGCCACCAGCCACCACCGCGCCGCCCUCUACGUCGGCGACCUCCACCCUUACACCACCGACAACGACCUCCUUCAGCUUUUCUCCAUGAUCGGACCUGUGAGUUCAGUUCGUGUUUGCAGAGACCGGUUCUCGUUCAAAUCCCUAGGCUACGGUUAUGUUAACUUCUACCUUCCUUCUCACGCGGAUACUGCGUUGGCGAGGUUAAAUCACACUGAAUUAAGGGGAAAACCGAUGAGAAUCAUGUGGUGUCAACGAGACCCGGUAACAAGAAGAACUGGAAUCGCAAAUCUGUUCGUGAAGAAUCUAAAUCCGUUCAUCACGGAUGUGAAGUUGGAAGAGGUUUUUGGAAAAUUCGGGAUGAUUCUUUCGUGUAAAGUUGCAAAAGAUGUUCAUGGCAAAAGCAAGGGUUUCGGAUUUGUUCAAUUCGAUUCAGAAGAAUCCUCUAAUAACGCUCUUCAAACCCUAGAUGGAUCCGUUCUUGUUGACAAAAUAAUAUCUGUGGCCAAGUUUAUGAGGAAAAGCGAAAGGAAGGAACCCGAAUUCACAAACGUGUACGUGAAGAAUCUUGAAUCCGAUUUCACCGAGAAUCAGUUAAAAGAUAAGUUUUCUGAAUACGGGAAUGUCACAAGCGUUGUGAUCAUGAAGGAUGCUGACGGGGGAUCAAGAGGUUUCGGGUUUGUAAACUUUGAGUCACCCGAUAGUGCAAAGAAGGCCAUUGAAGCGUUAAACGGUGCAAUAAUCGGUUCUAAAGAGUUGUUUGUCGGAAAGGCUAUGAAGAAAGCUGAACGAGAAGGGUUCUUGAAACGUUCACAUCAAAAGGACAAAAUAAACGCGUUAAAUCUUUUCGUCAGAAAUCUUGCGUUAUCUGUAGAUGAAAAGUGUCUUGAAGAAACUUUUGGUGCUUUUGGGAAGGUGAUUUUAACGAAAGUCGUACGUCAUGAAACCGGUAUUAGCAAAGGGUUUGGAUUCGUGUGCUUCGCUAACGCAGAAGACGCAAAGAGAUCUUGUGAUUCGCUUAACGGGAAACUUUACCAUGGAAAACACAUGAACGUUAGUGUUGCUAUGAGUAAAGAAGAAUGCACACAAAGAUCACAAGCUCGUUUUGCAUCAGAAAAGAUUAGCGGUCCCAACCCGUAUUUGAAUUUCAGUCCGUAUUACGCUAUGCAACCAUACGGUAAAGCACCCGUCUAUAAUCCAUACUGGCAGCCAAACAUUUACAGAAGUAUGCAAGUUUUUCCAAAUUUUAAACCAGUGAGUCAUCAGGAAGGUGUUAACUCGAGCUAUGAUAAGGAUCAGAAGCCGUUUAAGAGCUUUAAAGCUUAUUUCUCAGAAGGAUCACUAGCUAAGAAAUACACAAGCUAUGCACAGAAUCUAAGUGGCAUGAAGAGUUCUAGAGUGUUGUGGGAGAUGAAAAAGCCCGUGUUACACGGGCCAAGAAAGGCGUUUUUGAAAGUUAAGAAUGAAGUUGUAGCAAAUGCAGGUGUGUUUGGAUAAAUAAUGGGAGCAAUGGAUAUACAAGUACAGGAGUGAUAAAUAGUGUUGUGUGUAAAGAUUUUUUCAUGUAUUGUUCAAUAGUGAAUAACAGUCUUUGUAAAUGUGUGUGACAUACAACAUGUGAUAAAAGUUCAAAGGUAUAGACCAAAAUAGAAUGGGUCAAAAGUUGGCCUUUUUGUCUUGAUGGGAAAUAAUAAUGGUUUUGUGUAUUUUUUACACUAUAACUGAU